AUGAAUUAUGAGGUCCAUAACAUUGCCUAUGAAAUUAUCAAACUGAAGGGCUAUACCUCAUGGGCAAUUGGAUUGUCCGUGGCGAAGAUUGUUCAAGCGAUUAUGGCCAAUUCUCGAAAUGUUUUCGCGCUGUCUACAAAUGUUAAGGGCUUCCAUGGAAUCGAGAACGAAGUGUACCUUUCGCUACCGGUUGUGCUUGGAUCAAAUGGCAUCACACACGUAGUCAAGCAGAAUUUAAAUGAGGGCGAAGUCCAGAAAUUACACAAGAGCGCCGAGGCACUUCUCGCAGUUCAGAAUGGUCUCGUUAUUUGA